UGUUCCUUUGGGUUGAACACACACUCACACACAACACUGGUUCACCAACCAUAACCCUUUUUCCACAUCAUCAUCCAUCCAUAAAGAUAGCCAAUGGGUUCUCUUGGUAUUGUUACCAACGACCCUUCUCCGUAUUCUGUACAUUUUCAUCUGACAGGUUUUGGUCGCUUCCAUCGGGUUUCACAAAACCCGACAGAGUUUCUUGUAAAACAGUUUGUUUCUUUUUGUGAAGAAAGAAGGGGACUUCACGAAGCAGCUAGGGUCGUUACUACGACAGUUGCAACGACUAGUGUAAAAGGUGCCCAACAAGCGCUGGAUGAAGUAUAUGGCAAGUUGCACCGGGACAAGAGCGUUCGUAACGUUAUCAUCCAUUGUGGAGUGGAUGCUUCUGCCAAUUGUUUUCGACUCGAAGAAAGAGCUUACAACGAAGCUUCCUUCAGUUGUCCAGAUGAAAGUGGUUGGCAACCAAAAGUUGUCCCUAUUGAUGAUACCAAACCAGUGGAUUCUUUUCUAGUUACUAGCAUCAACAUUCGGCAAGCAGUAGAGGAACUUGAAAAGAAGGGAUUUCACGUCAAGAGUUCGGAGGAUGCUGGGAGGUUUCUUUGUAAUUGGAUAUAUUACCAGUCGCUGACAAGAGCACAAUGUGAAUUUUCUGUUAAAGUAGUUUUUGUACAUUUUCCACCUAUUCAAGACUCGCAAGAAAUACAAAGUUAUUGUGAGUUUUUGUUACAAUUGUUAAACGUGAUUACUACUCACGAGCUGUCAUCCAUCGAUGAAUAAACAAUAGUUGUGAAGCCUUUUCUUUUGGGU